AUGAUCGAAUCGAUAGAAGGAAUCGAAGGAAUCAAAGCAAUUGAAGCAAUUCAAGCACCGCUGAUGCAGCCGAAGAGCAACAAACCUACUGAGCGAAAGACUCCCCGGGACACUACAAUGCUAGAACCUUUCCAAUCUGAACACCGACCCUGUGGAGAUAGCGCGACUGACAAUUCGAGGCAGGGGGAAUCUUUCACCCCAUGCGCAUCAGGCGAAAGUGGAAAUGGUCCUAAUGCGGUAUAUACCUCACAAGGAAGUGCUGCAGACAUGAUCAAUUUAGGCAUCUUAAAGAAGAGUGACCUGUCUAGAGAGGAGAAGACUUUGCACCAGCGUAAUAAUUUAAGCAGAGAUUCAAACGAAGAAGCACCGAAUUGUUACUCUCCCAAGAGAAACGGACAGAAUUCGAUGUUAAAUAGAAGCAGAAAAGUGUCGAAGAAAUCACGAACUAUAAAUAAAAGAACAGAAAGGAACAAUCAUAGGGAAAUUCAUAGUGAAGACAAUUCCAUAUCUUUUAAUAUUGUCAGCAAAGGGAAGAAAAAAAAAGACAUGAGCAGCUUCCAUAAACGUAGAUAUAGAUCGCUUCCUGCGCUUGACACAAGGAAGGAGAGGUUUUCUUUUCUGAACAGAGAUGAUUCUUCUACGAAUAACAUGUUUUUCGGCAAUGUCCAUAGGACUGACUCGCCUGGUCAUAGUGGCAACAUCCGCGCAGAUCGAAAUGAUAACACCUGUACUCUGACGGCUAAGUCGUGUAGGAAUCGUAUUAGGCGUGCGCAUUGUGCGAGUUAUGUGCCUCCUAAUGCGACUUCUAGUGAGACUGCUAAUGCGACUUUCAGAACUGAGACAGAAUUUACCCUCAUGGAGGACCGAAACGGAAAAGAUCAGGCCAACUUCAAGACUGAUAAUUGCAAUAACGUUGACCUCAAGGACGAAGGAGACACCCACCUUAGUGAGCAAAGGGAGGGGAACGAGCACAAAGAAGAAAAUUCCAACUGUACAUAUGAAAAUGGGAUUCCAGAAAAAGACAAAGGAAAAUGUUCCAGGAAAAAUGAAGGCCUGAAAGAGGAAAAGAAACAAACAGAUGAAGAUAAAGAUCUGGUUGAAAUAAGCUCAUUGCAUGAUGGAACGGAAAAGAAAUUGGAGUGUCCAAUUGACAUGGAGGAGAAGAAUCACUUGAAUAAUCCUCCCAACGGGGGAAGACGAAGAGGAAAAAAUUCUGCACCCAAAAAUGGAAGCGACGUUUCUGCACGGAGGAAUCCCAAAAAGGAAAGCAAAUCCAACAGACAAAUAUGUCCAAAGGAAAACCCAGAAGAACACAUGAAUAUUGACGAUUCCAAUGAUUACUUGAAUAACCCAUGCACGAAGGAAGAGAAAGGACACGAUGGGAAGGAGAACCAAAUGGACAUCCCAUGCAUUACGAUCGAAGAAGCACUAGAAUCUAAUAAUGUAGUAGGAUCCUCUUCAAUAAAUACAAAAUCAAAACGGAUUUGUAUAGAUGAUGUUGAAGAGGAAAGUCUGAUUAGUAGCUACAAUAAGUGCAAUGUACUCUCCAGCGAUGUGAACAAAAAUGUAGCUCUUUGUCAAAGCGAAAGAUAUAAUCCUUACCAGGAAAUCAAAAAGGAACAUGCAGCGAAGGGGGAAAUGACACAGCUUGGGAUAACCAGGAACGAACUUAUGUGCGAAAGCAACUUAGCUGUUCCACUUAACCAUUUUAAUGAUUCUGGUCAAGGGAGGAAUUACUACAUGGCUAAUAGAAGUGGCCCCCAGAAGAGGGUAUGUCUAUAUUUUAACGAAUUCUCCCUGUCGAAAGGGACACAAUGGUCUAGGAACAACCAUUAUGGAGAGGUGGAAUCGCCCAUAGAAGAGCUUUCAAAAAGAAAAAUUUGGAAAAAGGGUUUCCAUGAGGGGGAACACAUCAUGGAUGACAUCUCAAACGAACAUGUUUCGAGGGCAUACAUGUGGCAAGGGUACUCUGCGGCAGGUUACCCGGUAGGGGGAAACCAAGUGGAGAGCUACCCGGUGGAAAGUAACCCUGUUGGGACCUACCCAGUGGACAAUUACCCCCUGGAGAACUACCCGGUGGAGAACUACCCCGUGGAGAACUACCCCUCUCGUUGGGUCAUCAAAAAGGAGCAAUGCCAUUCUGUAACUGAGGCACCUGUAGAAGAGGCUUUAUCGCGGGAAGAAGCGAAUCCAUUGGAGAUGGAAGAUCUGGGAAACCAAGGAAAACAAGAUGUUCAUAAGAAUACCUGUCCUUUAUCAAGUAUGUACAAAGAGGAGCUAACUCUUCCCUCUAAUGUUGCAAACAUGGAAGUGCUUGCAAAGGGAAAAUUGAUUGUUCAUCCAAUUAUUAAUAACAACAAAUUGUUCAGUUGCAGAAUCAAGGAAGAACUAGAAGCGGAAGUGGCUCACCUCGUGAUGGACUUUACCCAAGCGGAUACCUCCUCAGAAUUGCACACGAUCACAGACACCGCAGUGAGUGCAACGACGAGCACGACAACGAGUACAAAAACGACUAGGAUAACUCUUGUCCCGGAUAAUGACAAUCUUACGGAUACGCUAAGCAACCAGUUUGACAUAGAAAACAAUAUCCAGAUGCAAUAUUUCAAUGAGGGUGGAUUGCGCGAUGAUCGAAGGUUGCUUUGUUCUUACACUUACACGUUAGAUGCUAGCAGAAGUGAAAAUAUGGCCAUUCUUGGAGGCAGCGUAAAUCCAAAUGUGAGAAUGCCAGGUGCUAGUGCACGCAUAACCCCGCUUGUCCCAAACGGACAGAUGAAAAUCCUACGCGCUAGUGCAUACACAACGCCAAUUAGCCCAAACAGAAGCGAGUGCAUGCUAACGGAUUGUGCACCUUCACUAGUCUAUGAUGAAAACGCACGUGUGCUUCCAGGCAAUGACGUGAUACAAGCUCAUAACGAAGCAUUCAGCGCUGGAGCACCUAAAAGAUAUUAUAUCCCACACCCCAGUUGGGAUAAUUAUCCCCAUUUCGGCACGCAACAAAAUCUUUGUGAAUGCCAAUACCCCUAUAUGAGGAGUAUAUGCCCAAAUGAGUGCAUGAAUAUUUCGGUGCAGAAUUACUCAGGCUAUCCCUACAAUCACCAGAUAGGUGUGAACAAUUCUCGGAUGCUUGACCUGAAAUGUGCAGAGAAUUACUUUUAUCCCAGUGGGGGAAAUUCGUUGCAACGUUUUGGAGGCUACGGGAUAGGCGGAUAUGGUGGGAUACGCUGCGAUGGGACAUGCAGUUACAAUGGCACCAAGUGCGAUGAAGGCCUGGGGUGCAGAAAUUGUGAAUUCUCCCAGGAGAGGAGUAACUGCCAUUGCACCGACGAGUUCCGAAGCCAUGGUGGCAAUUCCUGCUUCAGCAACAUGUACAAUAACUUCCCCCCCUCCCAAGCGUUAACUACAGAAGAUUACAGUUAUUACCAAAAUGAUCCCCAAAUGGCCAUAUCAAACGCUUCAAAUAACGUAAAGGACCAAUACAGCCAAAGGAUUAACAGCAGAAGAGGUUCCUUUGCCACAUGUUCAGUAAAAGGCGAAUACUAUUUCACUUCCCAUACAAGCAAUACAGAAGUUAUCCCCGAAAAUAACUUCUCCUUUAUCAACGGGGAUAAUAAUAGAAUAAGCGGUCAUAUUAAGAAGGAACAAAUGAAUACGGAAGACAGGACUGAUGUCAACCCGGAUCGUAAUGAUCAAUCCGAUCAGUAUAUUCAAGCAGACGCAUGCAAUGACACUGUCCAAGUUCCCACUACCAAUUGUGCAAGCCAUCCAGUGGUUAAACUUAACAAAGGGGACAGUUACUGUCCUGGACCAGCUAACAGAGGGGAGGUAAUGCUCAGCGGGAGUAAUCACAAAGCAGGCGAUGUUGAUGAGAGAACAAAGAAAAACAAAGAGCAAGAGCUAGAGACCAAUAAGUUCCAACUGAGCGGUCAGGAGCGUGAUGUGGAGAGACACCUUCCCGGAGAUGAGAAAGGGGAACACAUGAAUGGUACCAAAAUGGAGGUAAACAGGGAGGCCUCGAGUGACGUCAAAAGUGAUGACGAAAGUGGCAACAAACGUGACAACCAAAGUGAAAGGCAACGUGAUGAACUGCAACGGACAGAUGUCAAGAGCCCACACAGCACCCCCACUGGAAAGAGCGAGGCAUGUGUGCAUGCAGAGGGGAAAAGUGGAGAACCAAAUCCAUCGAAUUCAUCAAAUUAUUGCAAAACAGAAUGGACCAGAGAGGGUGAACAUAAUUACAACAAGGAUGGGGUAGAAAGCUUAAGUACGGACACGGGAAAUAGGAUCGGCAGCAGUGACACACAUUAUGAUGUUUGCUUUCCGGAGGAUGACUGCAAAGGCAGUUGCUCUGAUGUGUUAUAUACCAAUCGGAACGACACGCUUGCACGUCAAAGAAGCCUAAACAGAUCUUUAAAAAAUAUAUCUGCAUAUGAUAGGUGGAAUAUUGGGAAAGAAAAUAGCAAUCCGUGUAGUUACGGCCCCAAUGGUAAAGGAGAAUACGAUGCAUGCGAUCAUUGGAGCAGAAUUAAUUUGCCCUAUUUUUCGGAUCAUCAUGUGUACAAAGUACGCUACCCAGUGUAUGAUGGGUGCUUAGACUUCCCCCAUUCCUUGCGAAGGGACAUGCAACGUAAAUACCACUUAAGUAGGCUGGGUGCAACUAAUGAGGUAAACUUUCACGGUGCCGAUUAUGCCAGCAAUGAUGUUAAUGGAGGUCCCCCUGAGAGUGUUCCGCAUGUCAAUGAUGGAGGUAGUUAUCCCAGAGGCAGUUUUUGCAAUUUUAACUACUACGUCUACGCCUAUAGAUUCCGUCAUUCGGGUACGCUAAGCAAAGCAGCGGCGUUCAGCCAUGUGUGUUCUCCUAGACACGCUGAUCACCUUUACCAGUUGAACUACUGCACGUGUUAUAACGACACAGAUGAGCACCUGCUCCUGGAUUAUCAAGACUCUCCAAGGGAGGAAAAUUAUGGGGACAAUUGGAACUGUCGUUGCGAGACGUUUGAAGUAUGCUGGGCCCAUUAUUACGCCAACAUUGAGUACAGCCUGGACAAGCCUUUUUAUUUCCUUGACGAAUACUUCUCCACUGCGUCAUAUGAGGAGGAAAGCGGCUGUGUUCACAAGAACAAUACGAAUGAAACAAAUGUCAGUAGGGUAACAAAUGGCAUUGCCUUAAGGAAGGAGUUAAAUGUGAGUAUAAAUUCUUCUAAAGGCACAAACACUUUUAGAAUAAAGAGCGAACUGACAGAUGAAGAUGAUAUUAUCUCCACUGAUGUUCCCACUGGCUCCAAAUCGGACAAUAUCCUUGACAUAAACAACACUCCACUUCUCAAUAAUACAUACGACCUUUUAAGUAUCUCAACAAAAUGUGAUAGCCUUAGUGUCAAUCAGGAUGAUGGUGCAACCGUUCAUGGUGGAGCAUCGUCCAGUGGAGUGAACCAAAGUGAGAAGAGCAAUACGAUUGCUGUGGAGGAACAUCACCGCGGUGGAUCCACUGCUGAAGGGGACACCAAUAGCUGUGAAAUAGAUCAACGAAAUGGAAGUAAACAGGAGGAGGAAGACAAUACACAUGCAUGGGGGGAAAAGCAUUUUUGUACAUGUGUAAUGCAGAAUAUGGAGAGAAGUGAAGAAAUAAUAAAGCUGCCAAAGGAGCGAAGUAGCCAAGUGUGUAUGCCACGCGUGAAGGUGGAAAAGAAGGAAAGCAGUGCGGAAAUUGGUUCCCAAAGGGAUGCGGAGAGUGAUGCCGACUCCAUCCCGCGUAACAGAAAACACUGCAGCCACGAAGGAGGUAUACACUAUGACCAAGGAAUGAACGAUAGAAGUAGCAUCUUCGUCAAUAAGGAACUAAAUGCAAAGGAAAACGCUAAUAACGGAGACGUAAGUGGCUAUCAAAAGAAAACUCAGUGCACACAUGCUGAUGAUGAUGGAAAUAUUGUGCAAGACUUAAAUGAAAUAAAUACACAUUUGAAAAAUAUUAAUUGCAUGUAUACUCCCGCGAAAUCUAUUUACUUGAAUGAAGCACACUUUUUCAACAACCGUGUGAAUGAAGUCAACACCCCGAACGGUGCAUGGCAAGCAAGAAACUCUUUGAGUCAUGUAAAAUGCGAGAAAUACAUGCAACAAUUGAGUUCCUCCCAUUCGCACAUGUCUGCAAUGGGUAGCAACUUGAACGUGGAGCACAAAUCGGAGCACGCCGAUGGGAGAAGAGACGACGGCGAAAACGAUGGGAGUCACAGUGAAAGCCCCCAUAGAAGCGAUAGUAACAGUGGGAUUAGCAGUGACAGUAGCAUUAGCAGUGGCAGUAGCAGUGACAAUAGCAGUAACAGUAGCAGUGACAAUAGCAGUGACAGCAGCAUUAGCAGUGAAAGUAUCAGUGAAAGCGGAAGCGAUAGACGCGGUGACCACAGGAACGAAGAACUCCCCCACAGAAUAGGCAUGACGCUAAAAUGCGCAAAUAAUAUGUACGGCGCUCGGUACGUUGGUGGUUCCCCAUAUUAUCCGGGCCAUACUCAUAUUGCCAAUAACGGUAGUGUCAUUUAUGUCGGUAUACCACCCGAAAGAGGAAAUGUGCAUUCAAUUUUAGGUCAAAGUGGUUUUAACUCCAUGAAUAGUCCACCGUACAAUGGUACCUCUCCUCGUGAGGUUAACCACACGGAUGGCAACGUAGAAGGAUAUUACCUUGACGAUGCAACCCAGUUAUCAAGCAUCUACCAAUCAGAGCUCUCCAACAACUGCACAUAUGGUUAUACAUAUGGAGUAAGCACCCAUUCAUAUUCGGACGGAAACGAAUCAGUGAUCGCAAGUUACACAUUGGAGAGCACAUAUGGGAAUGUCCGGUGUCCAUGUGAGAUCUUGCAUGCACACAUGGACAGGUUUGGUCGUCAAUAUAUCGGAAGUGACAGUGAUAGGACGAAUGAAUCGGAUAGCGACACAGAUGACGACACGGCUGAAGACUUCAACGGGGAAUACCCGGAUGAGAGGCGGAGGAGGAGUGUAAGUAUAGUUAACGUGGGCAGUGAAAGCAGCGCCAACACGAGCAGCAGCACUGGAGCGGGCAACACGAUUAUCGCCAGCAUGGACAGUGAAAGAAGUCCCGCCAAUACGAGCAGCAAAACUCACGCGGGAAACACAGCUAUCAGCAGAAUGGACAGUGAAAGCAGCACUAACACGGGAAACACAAGUAUUACGAGAAUGGACAAUGAAAGCACCCCAAACACCAGGAGCAGCACUAUCGACGGAGACACUUCCCCAAAUGGAGUCACCAGCAUCAACAGCGGAAGCAGCACCGUCACGAGCAUUAGAACUAUCCACGAAGACACUUCCCCAAAUGGAAUAAUCGGCAUGAGCAGCGAAAGGAGCGCCGCCACGAGCAGAAGCACUAUCGACGGAAACACUUCCCCAAAUGGCGUCACCGGCAUGAACAGCAAAAGCAGCACAUGCAGCCUUAAUGAUACACACAGAGGAAACAGACGCAUCAAGCAAUGCAAAAGUGAGAAGAUCCACCACACAAGAAGAACCAAAUCGGAAAAAGGACUCAGAAAAGGAGAAAUAAAAAAAAAGACAUCAAAUGAUUCUGAAUAUUCACAUGAACAAAAAAAAGAAUUACUUCAAAAAAAAUAUGAUGUACAGAAAGAAAUGGUCCUAAGUAUGGAAGAAGGGGAUCUAAAACUAAUCGCUGAUGAAAUUAUUAGGAAUACUCAUUUGUUACCAGAGAGAGGACCCUACGGUAGGAAUACGCUGGAUGCUUCUCAUCCCAUUCAUAGCGUGUGGAAAGAUACAUCUCGGGGCCAUUCAUCAUGGAGAUGUAGGUGGUGGGAAAAUGGCAAACGAUUAAGUAAAAACUACAAUGUCAAGAGAUAUGGAGAAGAAGAUGCUUUGAAAAUGGCUAUCAUCACAAAGUUGAGAAAUAGCUCACCAAGAGAUCGGAUCUUCUAUUUGGAGCACCAGAGGGAAUGUCUAAAAUUGUGCUAUACCAAUAAUUGGAUAACAAAAAGGAGAAGCGGCACGGGGGGGGAGAGGGAUCAGGGUGCUGCUAAGACAACACCCGAGAAAGACGACAUUUUGAACGGAGAAGAAAAAGGCAAAGGGGUAGGGGACAUGCGUGCACAUGAAACUAACAAGCAAUGUAAUCAAGACAACGAUUCAGAAGCAGCUCAUUUGAGUGCUCCCCUCAUUACAUACAGCACAAGCCGCUUCUCUGAUGAUGCAAGUGUACCCCUCGAUAAGAAUAGAGUCCGAACAAGAAGAAACAAACGCACUCUUCUCACUAACAGAGGAAGUAGCAGAAAACGCCGCAUCGUUAAGUGUGACCCCUACGCUCCGAACACCGACACGGUGAAGCACUAUCAGCAAGGCGAUAGGUUAGACCACAUAGAAGCAACAAAAACAAUGGACGCUGUAAGCGCACUGAAGGCGCCGAAUGUGCCUCAUGAGCUAAAUGCGGUGAAUGCCCAGGGAGACGUAAAGUUGGAAAUCAUAUGA